AGUAAAUAGCAUGAAAUGAUACAUUGCUCUUUUGUGUUUUCUGUAGGUUGCGCUCCAUCUCCAGGUGCUUAUGACGUUAAAACUUCAGAAGUAUCUAAAGGACCAGUGUCUUUUCAGAAAUCACAAAGAUUUAAAAACCAAAGAGAAUCUCAGCAAAAUCUUAACGUUGACAAGGAUUCUACCUUGCUUGCUUCAGCUAAAAAAACAAAGACAUUGGUGUCAAAGAAGGAGCCUCAGAAGAAUGAUAAAGAUUUGAAGAGAUUAGAAAAAGAGAUUCGUGUUCUUUUGCAAGAGCGAGGUGCUCAGGACAAACGGAUCCGGGAUCUGGAAUCUGAGUUGGAAAAGAUAGAAGCAAAGCUAAACGCAUCAGUCAGAGAGAAAACAUCUCUGUCUGCAAGUCAUGCUUCCCUAGAAAAACGGCUGAUGGAGCUAACCAGAGCCAACGAGCUGCUAAAAUCUAAGUUUUCUGAAGACGGUCACCAAAAGAAUAUGAGAAUGCUAAGCCUGGAAUUGAUGAAGCUUAGAAACAAGAGAGAAACAAGGAUGAGGAGUGUGAUGGCGAAGCACGAAGGCAUGGAGCUGAAGCUGCAGGCCACGCAGAGGGACCUCGUAGAGUCUCAGGGGAAAAUAGAGCAGCUGGAGGGAAAACUUGUUUCCAUAGAGAAAGAAAAGAUCGAUGAAAAAUCCGAAACAGAAAAACUUUUAGAAUACAUUGAAGAAAUUAGCUGUGCAGCUGAUCAAGUGGAAAAAUACAAACUUGAUAUUGCCCAGUUAGAAGACGAUUUGAAAGAGAAGGAUCAUGAGAUUUCACAUCUUAAGCAAUCUCUUGAGGAAAACGUUACAUUUUCUAAACAAAUAGAAGAGCUGACUGUGAAAUGUCAGCUGCUGGAGACAGAAAGAGAUGACCUUGCCAACAAGGACAGAGAAAGGGCUGCACAUCUCAGUGCUGAGCUACAGAUUGUAACAGAGAAGCUGCUUCUGGAAAAGCAAGAAAAUGAAAAGCUGCAACAAAAAGAGUCACAAAGCCAGUCACUUCUGCAGCAGGAGAAGGAACUGUCCGCGAGCCUUCAGCAGCAGCUCUGCUCUAUUCAAGAGGAAAUGACGGCAGAGAAGAGCGUCUUUGCGAAGGAGUUGCAGCUUGCCCUGGACGAGCUGGAUGCGGUGCAGCAGAAGGAGGAGCGGAACGACCGGCUGGUCAAACAGCUGGAGGAGGAAACCAAGUCAACCGCGGAACUGCUCCACCGGCUACAGGAACAGCUGAGAGAGAAAGAAGCUGAACUGGAGAAAAGUAACGCUGCUCACGGCCACGCCACCUUGAUUAUGCAGGAGAAACAUAACGAUACAGUGCAGAAUCUUAGAGACAUUACUGCUCAGUUGGAAAGCUAUAAAGCAUCAACACUUAAAGAAAUAGAAGAUCUGAAGCUGGAGAACUUGACUCUACAAGAAAAAGUAGCCGUGGCUGAAAAAAGUGUAGAAGAUGUUCAACAGCAGAUACUGACAGCCGAGAGCACAAAUCAGGACUAUGCAAGGAUGCUUCUAGAUUUACAAAACAGAUCAACAUUGAAAGAAGCAGAAAUUAAAGAAAUCACAUCUUCGUUUCUUGAGAAAAUAACAGAUUUGCAAAAUCAGCUCAGACAGCAAGAUGAAGACUUUAGGAAGCAACUGGAAGAUGAAAAAGCAAAAAAAGCAGAGAAAGAGGAUACAGUGACAGAGUUAACCAUGGAAAAUGAUAAAUGGCGCCUCCUGUAUGAAGAACUGUAUAACAAAACUAAACCUUUCCAGCAACAACUGGACGCAUUUGAAGCAGAGAAGCAGGCAUUACUGAAUGAACAUGGUGCAACUCAGGAACAGCUAAAUAAAAUAAGAGACUCAUAUGCGGAGCUACUGGGUCACCAGAAUCUAAAGCAAAAAAUCAAGCAUGUUGUGAAAUUGAAAGAUGAAAAUAGCCAACUCAAAUCGGAGGUGUCAAAACUCCGAUCUCAGCUUAUUAAGAGGAAACAAAAUGAGCUCAGACUCCAGGGAGAAUUGAAUAAAGCUCUGGGCAUCAAACACUUUGACCCUUCCAAGGCUUUUCAUCAUGAAUCUAAAGAGAAUUUUCCUGUCAAGACCCCAUUAAAAGAAGGCAACACAAACUGCUGCUGAGUUCAGAUGCAACAUCAAGGAUCAUGGAAGUAUACAUCUGAAAUACCUCCUGAAGAUUGCUUUCUUCACUAUUCCUGAUAUUAUGUUUAUAGUAUAUAUUAUAUAAUGUAUUUAAUUUC